GUGAGACCUUCCGAGGGGAACGGGGGAGACGCGCUCAGGGCCCCAGUUACGGCCAGGGAGGGCCCGAGGUGUCGGGGCUCGUCUCCCAAGGGUGCCCGAGGUCUAGAACCAGGAAUCAUUGACCCACCGGCUCUUGGCUCAGGCGUGGGGGCUGGCUCAAGGGCUGGUAAACAUUGACACGCUGACGAAUGCACAGUCCUCUGCCUGCUCACCAGGAAGAACCCAUGGGCCUCGCUGCGUGCCUGGCCGGGCUCCCUCCCACAGGGGUGAUGGCCCCGGCGGGCCUCCUGGCCUGCCUCCUGCUCCCGCUGCUGGCCGGGCCGGGCCGGGCUUGCCCGGAGGGCUGCGACUGCUUCGGCCGGGAGGUGGUGUGCUCGGCCGAGGAGCUGGCGGCCAUCCCCGCGGGCAUCCCCGCGCACGCCUCGGACCUGGUGCUGGUGGAGACGUCGCUGGCGGCGCUGCGGCCCUGGGCCUUCGCCAACAGCAGCCAGCUGGCCAAGCUGGUCUUCCUCAACAACGGCAUCCGGCGCGUGGAGGCCGAGGCCUUCGGCGGGCUGCCGGGGCUCCGGGACCUGGAGAUCUCGGGCAGCCCCCUGGAGGCGCUGCCGGGCACGGCCUUCCGCAACCUGACGGGCCUGCGCAAGCUCACGCUCAGCUUCGACGGGCUGCGGGGGCUCCCCGAGGACCUGUUCCGGGGCCUGCACGGCCUCGAGUCUCUCCAGCUGCAGGGCAACGCGCUGCGCGGGCUGCCCGAGGCCGUCUUCCAGCCCCUGCGCGCCCUGCGCGAGCUCAACCUGGCCCAGAACGGGCUGGGCUGCGUGCCGGAGGGGCUCCUGGCGCCCCUGGGCAGCCUCCGCACGCUGAGGCUCAGCCACAACGGGCUGGCGGCCCUGCCGGCCGGGCUCUUCCGGGGCCUGGGCGGCCUCCGUGAGCUCUUCCUGGACGCCAACGGGCUGGAGGCCCUGCCGGCGGCCGUGUUUCGCGGGCUGGCGCGCCUCGAGCGGCUCUGGCUGCAGCACAACGCCCUCGGCCGCCUCCCGGCCGCCCUCUUCUGCGGCCUGCGCAGCCUGACCUCCCUGAGCCUGGAGGGCAACGCGCUGCGCGAGCUGCCCGGCGGCCUCUUCGACGGGACGCCCGGCCUGGCCAGCCUGUCCGCGGCCCACAACCGGCUGGAGCGCGUGGCGCCGGGGCUCUUCCGCAACACGUCCGGCCUCCGCGUGCUCACCCUGUCCCACAACGGCCUGCGCGGCCUCCCGCCGGGCCUCUUCGACCCCGUGCCCGGCCUCAGCCAGCUCUACCUGGGCAGCAACAACCUGACGGCCCUGGACAGGGGCCUCUUCCGGAACCUGAGCCAGCUGGAGGUGCUCAACCUCUCCCACAACCAGCUGAGCGCCCUCCCUGAUGGCCUCUUCGACGACAACUUCAGCCUCUACCACCUGGCCCUGCACGGCAACCCCUGGGCCUGCGACUGCCGCCUGGCCUACCUGCUCCACUGGCUGCGGGAGUAUGUGGAGGGCCUCUACAACCGGCACACCUACUGCGCCAGCCCGCCCUACCUGAGGGGGCAGCCGCUGCCCGCGCUGCGGCCUGAGCAGCUGGUGUGCCCGGCGGCGCCCUCGGACGCCCGCGACCUCUGGCCUCUCCCCGAGGACCGGGACGGGUGGGGCGGCGGCUGGGAUGCGGCCCCCGCCCGGUGCACCUACAGCAACCCUGAGGGCACGGUGGCACUGGCUUGUGACGGCGAGGUGUGCCGAUGGCUGCGCGUCCACUUGUCUCCCAGGCAGACCUCGGGCCCCGCCAGCCUGCCCUUCAACUCCACUCAGGAAUGGCUCCUGAGAUCAAGCUGCGGCUCGGUCCGGGUCACCGUCUCCAUCCACGCCCUGGGCGCAGAGGGCUAGAGAGGCCGGACACCGAGGAGCGUCUCCUAGGAAACCAAGAAAGAAAGGGCACUAUUGACCGCCUCCAAAUGAGACUCCCUCGCCUGCACCCCGGGGGGGGGGGCCCAACUUCCCCUCCCCUCCCCCGGGGGCCUUUGUCCCGCCUCCAUCUGCCCUUUCUCCCUUCUCAGCAGGCAGGGAUGGAACCAGGCUUGCAUUCUGGGACAUCCCUAUUGAUGCUGUCCAGUGUCUGCAGAACAAUCGCCCCCCUGAGCUUUCUUCUGGCCAUUGAAUAAUUAAAGCCACAACCAGCACAAGGAA